CUGCGGCUCUGGGUGGAACUUAGUAGCACUGUUUGUGUUUUGUGUGGUUUUGUUUUGUUUUUUUUUUGAGACAGUCUCACUAUGUUGCCCUUAGUAGAGUGCUAUGGUGUUACAACUCACAGCAACCUCCAACUCUUGAGCUCAAGUGAUCCUCUUGCCUCAGCCUCCCAAGUAGCUGGGAAUACAGGCGCCUGCCACAAUGCCCGGCUAUUUUUAGAGACUGAGUCUCGCUAUGACUGGACUUGAACCUGUGAGUUUGUCCCCCAUGGUGAGUAAUGCAAAAUUAUUUUCACAAGCAAAGUGGUGCAGUGUGAGAAUGCAGUAUGGAAUAAUUGUUUAAAUUUUCCUUUGCAGAUCUCAGACAGGUCCCCAGGCCUGAGAGGAGUGUGGUGAUAAUAAUACUGAGAAAAGAAAAUAACUUGGAGCAGUCUGGGCUGAGUGAGGGGUGCAGAGUUUAUGAGGCUCAGGGAGACAGGGACCAGCCCCGCCUUUGUCCACCAGCAGUUGCAGAACAGUUCCUUACAGCCCCAAGCUCCUUCUCCUGCACGACAGCCAGGCCAGCACAGAAGAGUGUCAAAGCAGAUCACUGGGGACCUCAUCACUAUGCCAGGCUGGUGGUUCUGGCCCCUGGUGGCUGUCUGUGCUGCUGACUUAUUCAGAGACAAGGCGGAGAGGAUCAUGAGGGUCACCCCUGUCAUCGACGGGCAUAAUGACCUGCCUUGGAAAUUGCUGACCAUGUUCAACAACCAGCUGCAGGAGGAGAAGGCCAACCUGACCACUCUGGCCGACACACACACCAAUAUCCCCAAGCUAAAGGCCGGCUUUGUGGGGGGCCAGUUCUGGUCUGCGUACACACCCUGCGACACCCAGAACAAAGAUGCUGUGAGGAGGACGCUGGAGCAGAUGGAUGUCAUCCACCGCAUGUGCCAGCUGUACCCUGAGACCUUCCUGUGUGUUACCACCAGUGCAGGCAUCCGACAGGCCUUCCAGGAGGGGAAGGUGGCCAGUUUGAUAGGCGUGGAGGGUGGCCACUCCAUUGACAGCAGCCUGGGUGUCCUGCGUGCCCUCUACCAGCUGGGAAUGCGGUACCUGACCCUCACGCACAGCUGCAACACUCCCUGGGCUGACAACUGGCUGGUGGACACUGGAAGUGAUGAGGCCCAGAGCCAAGGCCUGUCACUCUUUGGGCAGCGUGUGGUGAAGGAGAUGAACCGCCUGGGAGUCAUCAUCGACUUGGCUCAUGUGUCUGUGGCCACAAUGAAGGCCACGCUGCAGCUGUCCAAAGCCCCAGUCAUCUUCAGCCAUUCCUCAGCCUACAGCCUGUGUAGAAACCAGCGCAACGUGCCUGAUGACGUGCUGCAGCUGGUGAACAAGACCGGCAGCCUGGUGAUGGUGAACUUCUACAACCACUACGUGUCCUGCACACAGGAGGCCAGCCUGGCCCAAGUGGCUGACCACCUGGACCACAUCAGGAAGGUGGCAGGAGCUGAAGCCGUGGGCUUUGGUGGGGACUUUGAUGGUGUUUCAAGGCUCCCUAAGGGACUAGAAGACGUCUCCAAGUACCCAGACCUGAUCGCAGAGCUACUCAGAAGGAACUGGACGGACGUGGAAGUCAGAGGUGCACUGGCUGACAACCUGCUGAGGGUCUUUGAGGCAGUGGAGCAGGUCAGCAACCACACUCAAGCCCCUGAGGAGGAGCCAAUCCCAUUAGCCGAGAUGGAUGGGUCCUGCAGGACACAGUAUGGCUACUCAGAGGCCCCCAGCACUGGCCACUGGCCAGGAGCCCUGCUGGCCUCUCUGAUCUUCAGCCUGUACCUCCUGUGACCCACAUCAGACCAGAGCCAAAGAGCCUGCUCGAGGCACAAGGCCCAGCCUUCUCUCCUGAGCUGGCACCUAGGCUCCCUGGGGACACCUGGGGACAGCUCAGGCCAUAGGUACUCAGCAGACCUGCAAUAAAAAGUGGCCCUUCA